ACCAACCACACCUGGUGACUUAAUCACUCACUGACAAAGUACAUAUUGUUAGGACGACUACCCUUACAACAUGUGCCCGUUGAAACGGAAUUUUGCGUGUCAUAAUAUUUCUUCAAAGUCACAAACACAGAAAACAAAAAAUUCUCAAGAAAGAAAGAGAAAAAGAAACAGAGUAUAGGCAGAGACACACUCUGCUGCUCUCUCUCAGUGCUCUGGCUCCGGGUCUCUCUCUCUCUCUCUCUCUCUCUCUCUCUGACAGAUGAUGAAGCAGCCCACAAUUCUCCACGUUUGUUUCUCUUUGACAAACCCAUUCAUCUGAACCCAAAAUAAUCAGCAACCCUGAUCUCCAUUUUUCUUCUUGUUUUGUCUUUCGCAAAUGGCCAGGACAGGUGUCUUGGAGGAGACUGAGACUGAGAGUGACUCGUCUAUGGUGGCAGCAAAGGCCAUGGAGAUAAAGAAGCAGUUGGAGAGACUGGUCAAGGCCAUUGUUGAUGAAGAUGACUACAGGGUUGAGACUGCUGAUGAGGCUAUCAGUGCCUUGUCUUCUUUGAAGGGCUUGAAGCUAAAAAAGUCUCUGUCGUUCAAACUUGAUGGCCAUGGCAAUCUUCUUGAUGUUCCUGAAGACUUCAGAUGUCCCAUCUCUGGAGAACUCAUGAAGGACCCCGUUGUCUUGGCCACUGGACAGACUUAUGACCGGCCAUUCAUCCAGAGGUGGUUGAAUGAAGGCAACCGAACAUGCCCUCAAACAAAGCAAGUCCUCUCUCAUACUGUCCUUACCCCUAAUCAUCUGGUUCGAGAAAUGAUUUCACAAUGGUGCAGGGAGCAUGGAAUGGAGCUUCCAAAACCUGUUCAGGAUAUUGAUGAGGAAGUUGUCACCAAUGCAGACCGUGGAUAUCUAAAUUCGUUGCUUCAGAAGAUGUCAUCAUCCCUAUCUGAUCAAAAAGAAGCAGCAAAAGAGCUUCGACUGCUCACGAAGCGAAGUUCACCAUUUCGGGCACUUUUUGGUGAGUCUAUUGAGACCAUUCGACAAUUGCUCAGUCCACUUUCACCGGGGCAGGCUGAUACUGAUCCUGAUCUUCAUGAAGAUUUGAUCACAACACUACUAAACCUUUCAAUUCAUGAUAAUAACAAAAGAUUGGUUGCAGAGCAUCCCUUGGUCAUCCCUCUGCUGAUUGAAUCCUUAAUAUCUGGAACCAUUCAAACAAAAAGCAAUGCUGCUGCAACUUUCUUCACAUUAGCAGCCAUUGAUUCCAACAAGAUUAUUAUAGGAACGUCUGGUGCUCUCAAUCCUUUGAUUGACCUUUUAGAUGAGGGGCAUCCACUGGCCAUGAAAGAUGUUGCUUCAGCCAUAUUCAGCUUGUGUAGUGUUCUUGAAAAUAAAGGAAGGGCCAUCAAUGCUGGAGCAGUCAGGGUAAUUCUGCAGAAGAUAAUGGAUCGCGUGUUAGUUGCGGAGUUGUUGGCUAUACUUGCUAUGCUUUCUAGCCAUCAGAAGGCUGUUCAGGAAAUGUGCGAGCUUGGCACUGUAUCUUGCUUGUUUGGCAUCAUAAGGGAGAGCGAUUGUGAGCACAACAAGGAGAAUUGUAUUGCAAUCCUUUACACCAUCUGCUUUGCUGAUCGGACCAAAUUGAAGGAAAUUAAGGAAGAGGAAAUGGCCAAUGGUACAGUUUCCAGACUUGCAAGGACCGGGACUUCGAGGGCCAAGAGAAAGGCCAGUGGAAUUCUUGAGAGGCUGAAUAAGACUGGCUCAAUAACGCACACUGCUUGAUGGAAAUGAAACUUUUUGUCUUGUUUUUUGCUCUCUCCCCAAAAAGGUAUCAUCCCAUCACCCAUGUAAAUGUCCUUUCUAUAUCUGGUCGCUAUACAUACUCCCUUACCUGUACAAAAAAAAAAAAAAAAAAAAAAAAGUUUCACAGAUUUGUACACAUUACUUGAGUCGAUCUCCUAGGCAAGUUUUAGUCCAUUUCAGGCAUAUAGACAUGUAAAGGUCGUUGGAACUUGACCUCUCUUUGGUCACAAAAGAAUUCAUAACCGGUAUAUUUUUCUAUUUUCUGACU